CGAGCAUACCUUCGCUGGCCACCGGCGGCUCAAGUCCAAAGCCACCAGAGGAAGCCGAGUGUUUUGCAUUCGAGUUUAUCCCGCAGAAACUAAGGGUGAAAAAAGUGUCGCGCGUGUUUUUAAAAUGCAAGUGCUAACAUUGACUCUGUUUAUCCUGGCGGUGGCGUCAACUACCGAUGCGCAAUUCUGGAAGUACUCGCAGCAGCUUUUUAAUCCUUUCGCGUGGAUCCGUCAGGGGAAGACCGGAGACGUCACGAAUGUGAGUUUACAACCGCAGCAAAGCAAGAGUACAUUACCGGCAACCACUUUGAAUACAAAUCCACCCGCAACAAAAACACCUAUUCCUUUACCACUAAGUUAUCCUCAACCUUCACCAUCACCUUCACCUUCACCCUCAUCACCUGUAGUAAUCAUCUCCACAUCAUCAACUGAACAACCCAAACCCACAUCAGAAGAAAUUAUAAAAAGUGAAAAACUAGAAUCAAAAAUGGACGAAAUUGACUUGGGACCUAAUCCUAACCCUGGUCUUGUGAAGGUAACCGCACCACCGAUAACAACUACAAAUGCAAAAUCCCCUCGAACAACCCUAUCCGAACGCAGUUCUGCUGGUAUCACAGCCAGCACAACAAAACGCGCGCUGAAAAUCAAAUCGACAACUUCGUCCUUGUACUCACACUCGCCGUACGUUUCGAAUUCACUACCAACUCGUCAUCAAAGCUAUCAAAGCUCGAGUCCGGUGUGGACCACGGUUCCAAUUACCACGCACAAUCAGAAAGGUGCAACGCUGCAGCAACAAGGACAGCAAGGACAUCAUUCCGUUGUAAUGUCGAGUGGCACGACCGCCGCGUUGAGGCCGUCGUCGACGGCCACCGUGACGGAAGCUGCGACGCCGACGACAUUCUACGACACCACCACCCAGGAGGCGACCGGCACCACCGAGGAGCCGCGCGACAAUCAUCGCCAGCACGACUUCUACCUCAGCAAGCGUGAGAAGCCGCAGGUCAAGAUCGCUACCAACAUCAGCCAGAACUUGCUGCCGCUUCCAGCUGGUGCGAGCGCCGCCCUAGUCAAACCCACCAAGUACCACUACUAUCCGCAUAAUCAGCAUAUUUAUUUGUUGCCGGAGUGCGCUAUUCAACAGGUGUGUAAUGCUGUGUAUGUCAGACUGAAUUGGACUCAACCCUUGUGCGCGUGUCCUUCGAGAUAUCGAGAUCCUUGUUCGGCGAGUUUGAAUUCCGAUGAUCAGCACACGACCGAGUUACAAGUGGAUCGAAAUUCUAAGCGAGCGUUGACUCUGGUGAAAACCUGCGAGCCUACGACUGACAUGCGCAUUUGUCGACUACCACGCGAUUGGUCUCUGUUAGCACUGCAAAAUAUCCGCACAGGAAAGUCACAUUAUUUGGUGAUCUGUCGCUGCCCCGAUACAAGUGUCCUAGAAGGACCAAUGUCUCACGAUCAGCCUACAUAUGCCAGCGUGCCCGGAAUCCGCGUCUACGGCAUGAUGUGCGUACAACCCCCGCAACAAUCAUCCCCGAAUAAACGACGCGGUCGCCCACUCCGACUAACACGUUCCAUUGACGCGGAUCCACCGUUCCCGUGGGCGAAGGCAGUCGAAUUCGCAAAAACCGCCGAUUGGGACGAUUAAAUUAUACCUCAGUGGUAAUAUAAAGCAACGCGAAGAAACUGAUUACUUAGCAUUAGUAAAACGUAGUACUUUGAUAGAUAUCGACAAAAAAAAAACGAAUUUAUAUUAUGAAAACGCAGUACAAGUACGAGAUAAUUAUGUUUUUGUAAUUAUUACUUGCACUCAACGUUCGAUGACGAUGAAAUUAUGCACCUAUUGCCAUUUUGUGCGUCGUAAACGAGUAAUAUUUAUUUAUUUAUAUUCUAAUUCGAAUUUAACGCAGCGUAUUUAUAAAGCAAAUCUAUUUUAUAUACAUAUUUAUAGAUAUUUAUUGUAUUUCGAGUAAAUAAGUAAAGAAGAAUUCAAAACUCA